AUGGGAGCUGUUCUGCUGCAUGAUCCAGGCUACACUGCCAUCAAGCACUUCCGGGCAUAUGUCGAGGGCAAAAGACUUCCACAUCUUGACUGGAUCACAAGCCCCUCACCGUCGCCCUGCACAACAGAAGCCGUCCGCCAGUUCCCACAUGAAGAAAGACACCUGGAUUUCGUGGCCCAGUUCACCAUCGACAUACGACUCAUCCGAGGCACCAACAACCAGGCUGCAGACGCCCUAUCCAGAGUAUCGAUAGCCAUGGUAAGUGCCAGCAACAACCCCAUCAACUACUAUCUAGUUCGCAGGGAACAGCAACAGGAUACGUUCCUCUCCAGGCUUCUCGACGGGGAUACCUCUCUUCAGCUGGAACAGGAUCUCAUCCACAGCAAUGGCCUGGCAUCAAUAGAGACGUCCGGGAGUGUGCCAGCUGAGUGCCAGCGCAGUAAGAUUCACCGGCAUACUAAGUCUCCCCCACAGGUAUUCCUGGUACCAGACGGCCGCUUCGAACAUGUGCACCUCGAUGUGGUUGGUCCUCUCCCAGCCGACCAGGGUUACAGCUACGUCCUGACGAUGAUCGACCAGUUUACCAGGUGGUCUGAGGCCAUCCCCAUCAUGGAUAUCACUGCCACCACCAUUGCCAAGACCUUUAUCAGCAGCUGGAUCUCUCACCAUGGCACUUCUGCAACGGUCACGACCGAUCGCGGGUGUCAGUUUGAGUCCAAGCUCUGGAGGCAGCUGAUGAUUCUCCUCGGCUCGAAGCGCAUCCGGACCACGGCCUACCAGCCCAGUGCCAACGGCAUGGAUCUUCAGUGCACCGCUGCCGAGAUGGUUUAUGGAACCACCAUAGCCCUCCCUGUGGACUUCUUAGUUAGCUCCGGAAACCAAAACCCAGGAGCUUUCGGAAAACAGCUUCGUGACCGCAUGGCCUGCAUCCCCUCCUGUCCGACUCGACCUUCACGGCAGCGAGACAUUUACUUACCACCUGACCUCCAAGACUGCUCAGACAUCUUCGUCAGGCAACCUACCAAGCCCCCCCCCCUCUGCCCGCCCUACGAAGGACAUUUUCUGGUCGUCAAGCGGGACAGGAAGACCAUCACCAUCCAGCGUCCACGAGGAAAGGACAACAUAUGCAUUGACCGUGUGCAGCCUGUGCAUCUUCAGGAACAGUGCAGAGUUUCAAAAAUUUGUUUCGCGACCGCUUCACUGGAAGGGGAAUGCUAUGGUGACCACCUCGCGACGAGCUCCCGCACACGGUAG